CGGGAGGGGCUUCCAUCAUGGCGUCGAUGCAGAAAAGGCUACAAAAGGAAUUAUUAGCCCUGCAAAAUGAUCCACCCCCAGGAAUGACGCUUAAUGAGAAAAGUGUACAGAACACCAUAACACAGUGGAUUGUAGACAUGGAAGGAGCCCCCGGCACACUGUACGAAGGAGAAAGAUUUCAGCUGCUCUUCAAAUUUAGUAGUCGAUAUCCUUUUGACUCACCUCAGGUAAUGUUCACGGGGGAGAACAUACCUGUCCACCCUCACGUGUAUAGCAACGGUCACAUCUGUCUGUCCAUCCUGACGGAAGACUGGUCACCAGCCCUCUCAGUGCAAUCUGUUUGUCUUAGCAUUAUUAGCAUGUUGUCCAGCUGCAAAGAAAAGAGACGACCACCCGACAACUCCUUUUAUGUAAGAACGUGUAACAAAAAUCCAAAGAAGACAAAAUGGUGGUAUCACGAUGACACUUGCUAAUGUACAAAGUUUGCAACAAGUCCCAGAAGAAAGAAGUCCUACUGACCUACGUGAAGCACUUUUUAAUCAUUCAGUCUCAGAACUCUGACCUUUGACUGGAACAAUGGACACCACGCGCCGGAGGCUCUUGACUGCAUCCCCCCACCCCCCCCCCCCCCCCCCACCCCCACCCCACCCCCCCACCCUUCCCCUUGCCGGGCAGUUUGAUGCAUGUUUUAGUUGGUAAUAACAGCAGAAACCCGCAGAAGGUCUAGAUGCACCAAGAUGGAUCCUCUUUUGACGGAUAGUAAUGCAGUACAUACGGAGGAUUUUUAUUGUAUUUCCUGUUUUUUUUUUUUUUUUUACCUUUUUUUGUGUGUGCGGAUGCAGUCGAAGGUCCUUGUGUUGUGCAAUAAUAACCAACUGACGGACGCAUGCUUGGGCCGACAAAGGAGUUCUUCGAACCUAAUGGAUUUCUGGAAAGGGCCUGGCCAUCAUGAAUUGCUUCAUUUAUUUUUUUUUAUUAUUAUUAUUAUUAUUAUUAUUAUAUGCACUGUGAGAGUAUGUAGAGGCACUGUCAGUACAUCAUUCCCAACACUGUAAGCAGACCCCCCACUCAUUGGUUGUAGUUUGCAACACUGCUCAUCUUGUGUGGUGUUAUGUUUAGUUCUACUGGGGUAGUUUCCACAUGUCCAGCCUUAGACAUGAGCAGAGGCCUCUCUUCCAUUGAAAGAAUGUUGCUUUUUUUUUUUUUUUUAAAUAUAUAUAAAUAUGCUUCUGAAAUGCUUUUUUUGGUACUGUUUGUGGGAGUGGGGGCUGUUUUGAGGACUCACUAUCUUUUUUUUUGUUUUGUUUUUGGAUAUAAUAUAUUAUUUUGUGUGUUGUAUUUAAAUCUUUUGGCAAAGGUAGAGAGCGAUAGAAAAGGAGUCUUUACGUAUAGGAUAAAGACAACAAGGCUUUGUGAUUCUGCCUGGUCAGAGUUAUGGCUCAGGUACUUUUUUCAAUAAAGAGAAUGCCUCGAAAAAGAAAAUACCUAUCAGAUGUUUCAACUAUAUUUUCACCAAAAGAGACUUAUGUUGUAAAAUAACAUGUCUGGAGGUGUUGUGUGUGUGUAUAUACACAUAUAUAAAUGCUUGAAUGAAUGUUUUCCUAAUUAGGACGUGUACAGUCGUAAAGAAACCAUACUAUAAAAAUACGGAGUAGUUUCCAGUGGGAUUGCAUGCAUUUUUUAACUUUUGUUUGCAAAAGUGCGUCAAAAAUUGCAACGGCUGUGAAUCUUGGCAUAACUAACGCACUCCCGAGGGGCUUCGUCAUUGAACCGGUCAUCGAUAUUCCGAAAGAAACCAAUAAGAUACUUGAAUUUUCCAUCUUGGAUUGUUUGGCUUUUUUUUUUCUUUCUGCAGAUUUUGCUUUGUUUGUCUUGAACGAGGUGUCGAGACCACAGCACCCCACUAUGUCAAAUAUAUGUAAAACAUCUAUUUAACGAAAGUUUUUAUUCACGACCUUUGAAAUGUUCUCGCCUGCUGUACAAGUCACAAACACCAUGGUACUGAAAUGGCUGUAUAAAAACAAAACAAAAACAGCCAUAAGCAGAACUUUAAGUUACAUGGAUAUUUUAUUUUCAUUUUUUAGUUUGGCCUCCCUAGUUUGCAGGUGGUUUUGAGUGAGUAAAACUAAUGAGGGUUUAUAUUUGAAAUAAAAAAAAAACAUGUUCUGGGUUGUUCAAGCUCGAUGUAUUAGGUGCCUGUGCAGUUUCAUAAUCGAUAAUAAAAGCAAAGAUUCACUUUUGUUUAA